ACAAAACACCUAAAUCCUUUCCUAUCCGUGCUAGCGUGCCAGAAUGGACAUACCGAAAUUCGAAGAGCUUUUGAAACAAAUCAAAAUGAAUUUCUGGCUAAUGGGAAUCCCGUUUGACAAUCCGAAAAUACAAAUAAGAUAUUACGUGCUAUUAUUACCUCUGUCGCUUAUGUUGAUCGAGGAAAUUGCAUUUUUCGGUUCGAGAAUGUCGUCGGAGAAUUUUCUGGAACUAACACAAUUAGCACCCUGCAUUUGCAUCGGGGUGCUGUCUGUAUUAAAAAUCUUAGCUUUAACAGCGAAAAGACAAAAAAUUUACGAGUUGACUCAGAAUCUUGAAUGUCUUCACAAAAUUAUUUUAAACGACACCAGGAAGACGGAGCUUGUGAGAAAGAAUCUUGUUCUCAUAAAGUUCAUAACGAAGUAUUUCUUCGUUUUGAACGCCGUCCUCAUUUUCGUUUACAAUUUUUCGUCUCCAGUCAUCAUAGCGUAUAAUUAUAUUGUUAGUAACGAGGUUCAGUUCGUUCUGCCCUAUGCGGUACUGUUGCCUUUUAAAACUGAUUCCUGGAUCCCGUGGCUUAUUGUAUACGUAUAUUCCAUCUUCUGUGGGUUCACGUGUGUGUUAUAUUACGCAACAGUUGACGUACUUUACUGUGUUAUGACUUCGCUCGUGUGCAACAAUUUCUCGCUAAUUAGCUUCAAACUUCAGAAAGUAAAUAGAAACACGGCCCAUUUACUAAAAGAGGUCGUGAAGGAGCAACAGUACGUAUUAAAACUCGCCGAGGAUUUGGAAAAUAUUUUCACAGCUCCAAACCUAUUUAAUGUUUUGAUUGGAUCCGUCGAAAUUUGCGCACUUGGCUUCAAUUUGAUGAUUGGCGAUUUGACCCAAAUACCUGGCUGCAUUCUGUUCCUAUCAUCAGUAUUGCUUCAAAUUUUAAUCAUGAGUGUAUUCGGGGAAAACUUAAUUUCUGAGAGUAGCAGAAUUGCCGAAGCUGCGUUUCUGUGCAAAUGGUAUGAAAUGGACCAGAAAUCCAAAAAGACUAUUCUCACAAUUAUGAUAAGAUCGCAUAAGCCCAAAAAACUAACUGCGUACAAGUUCUCAGUAAUAAGUUACGGAAGUUUUAGCAAAAUAAUAAGUACGUCGUGGUCUUAUUUUACAAUCUUGAGGACUAUGUACACGCCACCAGGCACGAAAUUUCAGGAUGAUUUGUAGGAAAAAUCAUCAUAUCAGCUACUUCCUAAUUUUCCACGCA